GACGGGAGUCAGGAUGAUGGUAAGAGGGCGUGUUCCCAUAGUCACUCGGGCGCCCCACGGAGCGGGCGCAGGCUGAGGGGCCGCCGGCACGUUGCUGAACUCACCGCGCACCUGACGCCUGUGUCCUCAUGACGAGUGACGGGAGCCCCCAGAGGCUGAGCAGGCCCAGCUACGGCUCCAUCUCCAGCCCUCCAGGCCCAAGGCCGCCACAGGCGCCCCCCAGGGAGACCUACCUGAGUGAGAAGAUCCCCAUCCCAGACGCGCAACCGGGCACAUUCAGCUUCCGAAAACUGUGGGCAUUCACGGGGCCUGGCUUCCUCAUGAGCAUCGCUUUUCUGGACCCAGGAAAUAUCGAAUCAGAUCUUCAGGCUGGCGCCGUGGCUGGAUUCAAACUGCUCUGGGUGCUGCUCUGGGCCACCAUGCUGGGCUUGCUCUGCCAGAGACUGGCUGCCCGGCUAGGCGUGGUGACAGGCAAGGACUUGGGCGAAGUCUGCCACCUCUACUACCCUAAGGUGCCCCGCACCCUCCUUUGGCUGACCAUUGAGCUAGCCAUCGUGGGCUCUGACAUGCAGGAGGUCAUCGGCACAGCCAUUGCGUUCAAUCUGCUCUCAGCUGGACGAAUCCCGCUCUGGGGUGGCGUCCUGAUCACCAUUGUGGACACCUUCUUCUUUCUGUUCCUGGAUAACUACGGGUUGCGGAAGCUGGAGGCUUUUUUUGGAUUCCUUAUCACCAUCAUGGCCUUGACUUUCGGCUACGAGUACGUGGUGGCUCGGCCGGCACAGGGAGCGCUUCUUCGAGGCCUGUUCCUGCCCUCGUGCCCGGGCUGUGGCCAGCCAGAGCUGUUGCAGGCGGUGGGCAUUGUUGGAGCCAUCAUCAUGCCCCACAAUAUCUACCUGCACUCCGCCUUGGUCAAGUCCCGAGAGGUGGACCGAGGUCGCCGGAUGGACAUCCGAGAAGCCAACCUGUACUUCCUGGUCGAGGCCACCAUCGCCCUAUCCGUCUCCUUCAUCAUCAACCUCUUCGUCAUGGCCGUCUUUGGGCAAGCCUUCUACCAGCAAACCAACCAGGACACGUACAACGUCUGUGCCAACAGCAGCCUCCGCGACUACGCCAGCAUCUUCCCCAGGAACAAUGACACAGUGUCGGUGGAUAUUUACCAAGGAGGCGUGAUCCUGGGAUGCCUCUUCGGCCCUGCGGCGCUCUACAUCUGGGCGGUGGGUCUCCUGGCGGCAGGGCAGAGCUCCACCAUGACCGGCACCUACGCGGGACAGUUCGUGAUGGAGGGCUUCCUGCGGCUGCGGUGGUCCCGCUUCGCCCGCGUGCUCCUCACCCGCUCCUGCGCCAUCCUGCCCACCGUGCUUGUGGCCGUCUUCCGCGACCUCAGGGACCUGUCAGGCCUAAACGACCUGCUCAACGUGCUGCAGAGCCUGCUGGCUGAGCAAAGCUGUCACCUCCUGCAUCAUGGCACUGGUCUCUGCCAUCAACCUCUAUUUUGUGGUCAGCUACCUGCCCAGUCUCCCCCACCCGGCCUACUUUGGCCUUGUGGCUCUGCUGGCCUUAGCCUACCUGAGCCUCACCGCCUACCUGGUCUGGACCUGCUGCAUUGCCCAUGGAGCCACCUUCCUGACCCACAGCUCCCACCAGCACUUCCUGUAUGGGCUUCCAGAAGACAAUCAGGAGGGUGGGAAGUGCUCUGGCUGAGGUCCCCCAGGCCCUGGCUGGGAGAUGGGAUGAAGGGGCAGCCUGCUUGCUGGACACUGAAGGGACAUGGAGCAGGAAGAUGGAGCCAGACCCUUUUGAAAGCCAUCCAACCGUGGUCCUUAGGGACUAACGGUCUCCUGGUUUAAACAAAUGCUUCACCUCAUCUGUCCUCAUCUGUAAAAUGGGGACAAACCCAACUUUGCCAUGGAUAUAAAGCACUUUAACACAGUGCCUGGCACUUGAAACUUCAAAAAAAAAAAAAAAUUAU